CCGGGCGUGGUGGCGGGCGCCUGUAAUCCCGGCUACUCUGGAGGCUGACGCAGGAGAAUGGCGUGAACCCGGGAGGCGGAGCUUGCAGUGAGCCGAGAUCGCGCCACUGCACUCCAGCCUGGGCGACAGAGCGAGACUCCAUCUCAAAAAAAAAACAAAAAGUGAACUAGCCACCGCCUCUGUGCGUCGCCCUCCAUGGUUAUCCCGGCUCUCCGCCCCUCCUUCUCGCGGCGCUCGAGGGACCAUGGCCGAUCCUCGCGUGAGACAGAUCAAGAUGAAGACCGGCGUGGUGAAGCGGUUGGUCAAAGAAAAAGUGAUGUAUGAAAAAGAGGCAAAACAACAAGAAGAAAAGAUUGAAAAAAUGAGAGCUGAAGAUGGUGAAAAUUAUGACAUUAAAAAGCAGGCAGAGAUCCUACAAGAAUCCCGGAUGAUGAUCCCAGAUUGCCAGCGCAGGUUGGAAGCCGCAUAUUUGGAUCUUCAGCAGAUAUUAGAAAGUGAAAAAGACUUGGAAGAAGCUGAGGAAUAUAAAGAAGCACGUUUAGUACUGGAUUCAGUGAAGUUAGAAGCCUGAAACUUUUCUCGUAUGGGGUGGUUUUUGCAUUAAAUCCUGGGGUCCAUUUUACAAUCCAUUAUUUUUAACCACUGCUGUGUGUUCAAGUAGUAUGAGAAUGUGAUUGUUUUUAUCUGGUUACAUAUAUAUUUCUUUGUCUAAUUUAAUAUGUCAAAUAAAUGAGUUCAUCUAAAAAAAAAAAAAAA